UGUAAACUAAGUCAUGUUUUUGUGUUCUAGAAACUAAACGGAUAUGUGUAGAAUAUUGUGAGUGCUUCUGUGAUUGAAUUUACGUCUCCGAACAAAACAAUGAAACCUAUUGUAAAAAGUACUCCGAGGGGUCGGUGCCGAUGGCGGGUGCAGAUGAAGGGUUCUCACGUUGCCAACUGACAAACGUAUGCUGCUUAUGCCAAUUGCAAGCGAGGUAGAUAAAAGGAGAAGCUCGGAUUGUCCGUCGGCGGAUUCGUGGAGGAUGUCAUACGCUUACCUGUUCAAGUACAUCGUCAUCGGCGAUACGGGAGUGGGGAAAUCAUGUCUUCUUUUGCAGUUUACUGACAAGCGUUUCCAACCUGUUCAUGACUUGACAAUUGGUGUUGAAUUUGGGACUAGAAUGAUUACUAUUGACAACAAGCCUAUAAGAUUGCAGAUAUGGGAUACGGCGGGUCAGGAAUCUUUUCGAUCAAUUACAAGAUCUUAUUACAGAGGUGCUGCUGGCGCACUGCUGGUAUAUGACAUAACUAGGAGGGAGACGUUCAAUCAUCUUGCUAGCUGGCUGGAAGAUGCCAGGCAACAUGCCAAUGCUAAUAUGACAAUUAUGCUGAUUGGUAACAAAUGUGACUUGGCUCACAGAAGAGCUGUGAGCACUGAAGAAGGAGAACAGUUUGCAAAAGAGCAUGGAUUAAUCUUUAUUGAAGCUUCAGCUAAAACAGCACAAAAUGUUGAGGAGGCCUUCAUUAAGACUGCAGCAAGUAUAUAUAAGAAAAUUCAGGAUGGUGUCUUCGAUGUGUCAAAUGAGUCGUUUGGGAUUAAAGUUGGAUACGGAGGAAUUCCUGGGCAAUUAGGUGGAAGGGAUGGCUCAUCUUCUCAAGCUAGUGGUUGUUGCAGUUGAUCUUUCUGCCUCGUGUUCCUUUUUAUUAUUCUGUUUAGUCCAAGUGAAAGGUGCGUGGUGCAUUAAUUUGCUGAUCCAGAGUUAAAAAUCUGGUUCUUCCUCCCUGCUGCAUGCAUACUGGUACAUAUUGUAUAAUUCUUCUGUACAUGAAUUAAUUUUGCCUCAGGUAUGUUUACAUGUUUGAUACUUGCAUAUUUCCUAGUAAUAAGUGCUUUGUUCUUUUAAUUGUAUAGUUGCAUAUUUGUUAUUUAAUUUUAGAAAUUAAAUAUAUAUCAGUUAACUGU